GGAGAAAGAGAGCGAAGGACAAGGGUCGGAAGUUCCUUAGUAUAAUAGGUGGUACCCGGAAGGAGGAGGAGGAGUGGGGCUGCUCUGGCCCCUGAUGUUAUUGGUACGCCUCUCACCGCCCGGACAUGGAGGAGUCGGUCCGUAUACGCGGGGAAGACUUUGGAGGUGAUGCCGAGUGGAAAAAUAUUUGAGCUCAGAAAGAGGUGAUGUUUCUGUUAUCUUCGUAGGUCUGUAGAAUAGGGUAGUUUUUUCCUCCUUUUCUUUUUCCUGGAAAAAUUUGAACCAAUCGGUUUCUUCUGUUGGGAUUGCUUCAUCCACCUGGUGAGGCGGUGAUGCGGACAGGCUUCACCGGCUGGAUUUCUACCUGUGAUGCAGAUUUUCGGAGCUCAGAAGCAAAAGGAGGAAAAGAGAAGUCAGUGGACUCUAGCCUUGGAGGUCUUUCAAGAUCUAGUACUGUUGCUAGUCUGGAUACAGACUCCACAAAGAGUUCAGGUCAGAGUAACAGCAAUUCAGAUACUUGUGCUGAAUUUAGAGUGAAAUAUGUUGGUGCCAUUGAAAAACUGAAGCUUGACGAAAGCAAGACUUUAGAGGGACCACUGGAUUUGAUUAACUAUAUAGAUGUGGCACAGCAAGAUGGAAAGCUGCCCUUUGUUCCUGGGGAAGAAGAAUUUAUUAUGGGAGUUUCCAAAUAUGGUAUUAAAGUCACAACAUUGGACCAGUAUUGGAACUUUCAGGAUGUUUUGCAUAGACACGCACUCUACCUAAUUGUCCGGAUGGUCUGCUACGAUGAUGGCUUAGGAGCAGGGAAGAGUUUACUGGCUUUGAAGACAACAGAUACAAACUUUGAGGAAUAUAGUCUUUGGAUUUACCAGUGCAAUAGUUUGGAACAAGCACAAGCUAUUUGUAAGGUACUGUCCACAGCCUUUGACUCAGUGUUAACAUCAGAAAAGUCCUGAAUACUGUAUCGUACAUCAUCCUGAAAAGGAAGUUCUUCUUGCUAUGACUUCAACAACUGGAGAAAAAAGUUCACAACUGCUCCAAAAUAUUAAUUUUUAAAAAUGUUUGGGUAUAAUGUUCAAAUAAAAUACAAUUUUGUCAAUAACAUUUGUGUUUUUAAACAAUGGACCAAAAAUUCACCCAAUGCUAAAUUACAUUAUUUUAACAUUUCAUAAAUCUGAAUAAAAAAUUGAUGAAGUA